UCCACAUCAUUCCAACCUCUCUCUCUCUCUCUCUCUCUCUCUCUUCUCUCUCUCUUCUCCAACUCACCCCCGUGUACUCAUCCAUCCCCAUUCUCCACAAUGAUUCUCCCCUUCCACUCUCACCCUCUUUCUUCCCCAUUUUGCUGCCAUUCCCUCUCCGGCAUUGCACAACAACACAUUAUUAGCUUCUGAGCUUCAAGAAUAUGCACAUUCAACAAGCUCUGGAGAUCUCUUGCUUCAUCCCUUCCACACCUCCCUGUUUAAAGUCUCCAUUGGACCACCAUUCAAGAUGAGAUUAGGUUUUCCUAAAGAUGAUCUGGAAUCAUCCACCGGGCAAAGCUUAGAUGGGAGUUUCAGGAAGCCAGGGUCUGUCACUUCAUUUCAUACCACCUCCAGCGCGUCGGGCAAGUUUGUGCCUACAUCAAAAAGAGCGUAUAAAGUUCUCAAGGAUUAUGCAGCAAAACUUGUUGACAUUGAUUUGUUUACACGUAUUCUGGAAGAGUGGGUUCAGGAAAAUUUAUAUCCUGAUAAUGGUAAUAGUGAACAAUCGUUUAGUUCCCCUUUUCUGAUCGAUGAACUCCGUGCCCUGGAUUAUGCGUUGGAGGGGAUUCUAUUUCAGCAGCUAUUUCGUAUGCCUUGUUCACCGUACAGCUGUGAUAAUCUAAAAGAAGACGAGUAUCUAGCACUGGAAGAUUUUCUGCAUACCAUUGCAGAUGGUUUGUGGCACACGUUUUGGCAUAAAAGUAAACCAAUGCCAUAUUUUGUCUCUUGUCCUCGCUACCCGGGAUCAAAGUUUUACACCUUGGAGAAAGCGUUAUCAAGAGGAAGACUCGGAGGGCUCUCGGGGGCUGCUCUGAUGUCAAGAACUAGGGAUACUCCACAUGUUCGUUGGGAUGAUGUUGUCGAGUUUGCACUGUUUAAAACCGAUAUUCUGAUGGGAAACGGGCUUGGAUUUUCCACGGCUGUUGUUUGUGAAGCUCUCUUCUAUGGCAUUCACGUUCUUCUUUCGAGGAGUUUGAGUAGGUAUAGUUCUGUAGAUGGUGAUUCGGUUUUUAUUUUAGUUCUGGACUCGAAAUUUGGAGGCGUGGUGAAACUGGGAGGCGAUCUUGGUAAUCUUGAAGUGGAUUUAGUUAACCCGUAUCAGUCCAUGGCAGAAUGGAUGAAGUGUCACGCAGAAAUUAGCAUUUCCCCGGUGGAUAGGAUUUGGAACAAGCUAGGAAAUGUGAACUGGGGGGACUUAGGAACUCUACAGUUAAUUUUGGCAACAUUUUACUCUAUAUGUCAGUGGAACGGACCGCCUAGAAAGUCGAUCGCUUCGCUUGCAGCCGACCACAGCCUUCGUCUCCAAAAGCGCAGGAUUGAAUGUCGUCUUAUCGAGAAUGAAAACGCACUGGUUCCUUACGAGAAUACUAGUGACCAUCAUGGAGAAAUUGUGGAACUCGAGAAGCUAAAGCCGAGGAAGCAAGGGUCCCGGUUACAUCUUAAGCGAGGCGAAAUUGUUCUCCUAGAAGACCAUAGCCUCGGGCAGAAGCAGUUCCAAGUUCACGAGCCUCUACCCGACUACUCGUGUUCGUACAUUGGAGUUGCUUUGGAUUGUCCCCCGGACUCCUUGACUUUGCACUUUGGCGCUCAUCCUUCUCGUCUCGAGCCUUCUUGGGAAGACAUGAGUCUAUGGUACCACGUGCAGAGGCAAACCAAAGUACUAAACAUGUUCCGGGAGCAGGGAAUUUCGAGUAAAAACCUGCCUGAAAUCGUAGCCUCGGGCAGAAUGAUGCACUCGGGUCCCUGCGAGAAACCGAGCCAGAAAGGCUGCUGUGAUCAUCCCUGGUGCGGGACUCCCGUACUCGUUACAUACCCCGUAGGGGAGCCACUUUCAUCCGUCAUUGCUCGUGAUGGCCCGUUUUCCCCUCAAGAAGCCAUACGCUGCUGCCAUGACUGCUUAGCCGCCCUACGAAGUGCAAAAACCGCCAACAUCCAACACGGUGACAUAUGCCCCGAACACAUAAUUCGCGUAGCUAGCAGCAGCAGCCACUCCUACGUCCUCGUGUCGUGGGGCCGUGCAGUUCUCGAGGAACGGGACAGCCCCGCAAUGAACUUACAAUUCUCAUCAGCUCACGCACUUCAGCACGGGAAACUCUGCCCAUCAUCCGACACCGAGAGCCUCGUCUACCUCAUCUACUUCAUCUGCGGUGGAGCCAUGCAGCAGCAAGAUUCCAUCGAAUCGGCAUUGCAAUGGAGGCAGAGAUCCUGGGCAAAACGCGUGAUCCAACACAGACUUGGCGAGGUCUCGGCUCUCUUGAAGGCGUUUGCUGAUUAUAUAGACAGCCUGUGUGGAACACCGUACCCGGUGGACUAUGAUGUUUGGCUGAGGAGACUGAACCAUGCUGCAGAUGUCUCAGGAGACAGAGGGAAAAGGAUUGAAGAUGUGGUUGAGACAGAGGAUAUGGGAGAGUAUUCUGGGAACUCUGCUGGCAGAAACUGUUGAUGAUGUUGAAAAAAGUUUAAUUUUUUUAUUCAAGUUUGGUGGAUUUUAGGAAAUUGGUUAUUGUUUGUUGAUUUAAACUCAGAAGAGUAGACUGAUUAUAGUUUAUGGUCAUGAAAAUAUGCUGAUUCUUGU